AUUUCUUUUUCUCCGGAAAAUACGAAAAACCUAACAUUAAUCGUUAUAUCUGGCAAUAGACAUAAUUUAUGUAACAGGGAGAGAGUAUCACUUUUUCUUUUUAAAAUCGGACUGGGUGCGAGUAGAGUUGAGCUAAUUGUAGCCUAAUCCUUGCCCCAGAGGCGUUUGGGCAGCCCGGAGCAAGAAUUCAUUUUUAGCGCUGCUCUGUUAUUUAGAGACGGGAUUAUUGGCUUUCUUCUCAUAACAGACCGGCAGUUUCAUUUAAGCAAAAAGGCACUCAAGAAGCUAAAAUACGAAGCAGGAUUUGACCGACUCAAAUAAGAACCGAAAAGGGAAAGGAGAGAUCUCUUCUAUGUAUAAGGUAAGAACGCUUCUUUGCUUCUUCCUGUGCUGCUUUUGUGGAAAGAGCUUGGUCUGAACAAGUCAGCCAGCAUCAGCUAUAGAUCUUUAAAGCCACAGCGACCCUUCUUUUUAAUCAAUGUAGUUAUCACUGGUAGAUUCACGUUUUAGAACAGUUUGUGGAUACAGUGUUGGCAGUUUCGUUCCAAAGGAGCGGAUCCUACUUGAGGAAUGCUUGGGUCGGCUAUUGGAUGGCACUCUAGUUCUGCGAAACUCCGGGCAUGUGAAAAGGCGGAACGCAGUCAUCAGCUGGGACUGAUAGAAACUGGCACGGAUUCCCUCGGACUCCUACGAUGUUUGAAACGGUAUGACUAAAUUCAUAUUAAGAUACGGCAUUUCCUCAUGGUAUGAUAGCCUACAGUAUCAGCGAACAAACUAUACUCAACACCAGGUAAUUUGGAAUAACUUUACUUGUAGUAGGGCUAUGUUUUGUCCAGUCUGGGAAAGGUGUGAAUGUUUGUCUAGGCUGUUGUCUUUCCCUUGUUGUCUAUUGAUGCUGUUGGCAUAUUUACGCAUUCAUUUUACGCAUUGUUCGCUUUUGAAUCAAACGUCUCUGGAUCAUAAUUUCAUGUUGGUAGAAAUGAGUAAGACGCCAUAUUGUGCAUCUGGUAGAAGUAGGCUAUCCGUGGGCAUCAAUGUAAACUGUGUUCAAGAGGGCAAAAGUGUACACUAUGGAUCUCUGCUACUGUGCACGUUCUUUUUGGCUAUUUUAUUUUAUAACAAUUACGCACAUUCUGAUCUUUGCUUUGUACAAUUGUCAAAUAUCUUUCUUUGGUACACCAUUGCCCAUAGUGAAAGCCAACUCUUGUGAACGUUUCAAACCGUUAUUGGCUAGAGCUACUAUAGCUAGAAUGUUGGUCAAUAGGAAACUAUUAUAACACAGAAAGUCACGGAACAGAUGUCAGUUGAUCUCAUUCAAACGAGUCAAUGGUAAUAGUUCCAGUAUUUGUAUUUUUUAUUUGAAAACUCUUGUGAGAGUUUCUUGGCUUAUAGCCUUUUAAUAAUGAUAAUCUUUACCCCACAUAUUGAUCAUAUAAUAUCAAUAUGCUUUCCUUCUGUCCUGUAUUUCACGUUACCCUCCACUCCGUCAACUCCUCCCAUCUUAACCCAGUGUGUGUGUGUGUGUGUGUGUGUGUGUGUGUGUGUGUGUGUGUGUGUGUGUGUGUGUGUCCUAUCUGGUAUAUAUUCCCCCAACAAUAUUAUCAGUAUUGGUUACUGUGGCCCAUGGCUAAAUGAAGAGGUGGGAUAGCCUUAUACGCCAAAAACUUCUUAAGUCUUUUGAAGUCUUUCUUUCACUGGGGCCUGAAAUAUAUCAUCCAGCGUGCGUAUUAAAUGAUAAUUAUUCCUGAAGGCUUGGUGGAGUAUACAGCGAGGCGGGCAACACCCUGGAAAAUUCUGUAGUCUCCAACAACACUUUGUGCCCCAGGGCAUCUCGCCUGGAGCAAAGGGCUGAAUGAACCCUAACAACUGCCUUCUGUUGACCUUUUAUGGGUUAAAAUUAAAAGCUUAGUAAAUGUGCUCUUGCAUGGAAGAACAAGUUGAUGAAAUGCCUUUCUUUCAAGUUAUAAUAAUUUAGUUUAUUCCAGCGACCCGCCAUUUUUGCAGACAUGAUGGAUGUAUAUUUUUUCAUGAAACCACAUCCUAAUGUAAGUUGCUUGACUUUUUCUAACUAUAUCUGAUAUGUUUCCAAUUAAACUGACUCUGAUAUUAAUUAAAAUGUUUGUGAGUUGAGAUGUUGGGAUUUAAUUGACAGGCCUAUGCAUGUGCGUAAUUUGCCCAAAUUACAUAGGAAAACAUGUUAUUUUGAUCAAUCUUGAUUAAGUUCGAUUGUGGUGAUUGGUUGUACGCAAACUUGAGGAACUAUGAUCCCCAAUACCCACAUGUCUGUUUAAUAGCCUACAUCAUUGUUUAACCCAACUCUGACGAGCUGGAUCCAUGCGCCUCGGACUGCGCUGUGGCCUGAAGCGCGCCAACCCAGUGUAUGCUACCUGGAUGGCCUGAGUGUUACGAAGGGGCUCUGGAAUAGUUUGGGGAGGGAUUCAUGUAACGGAUAGUUGACAUUCAUGAAGUGGUCAUAUGUUUCCCAUGCCUUCCAUCCAACAUCCCCAAUUCACACCAGCCUGAGGACUUGCAUCCUUUCUCUGUUGAACAUGUGGCCAAAGCCUGCCCACGUUUCUAAAAAUUCAUUGGAGGAUUUCGAGCAAUUAAUUAAAACUCCUGACCAUUACAUUUACAUACAUUUUCAUGACAGAUAUUAUAAAGUUACUAAGUAGUUUGUCUUCACAUCUUGCUUGGUCCUGUUAAGUUUUAUUGUGUUGGAUACAUAUCAUUUACCUUGACUCCUAUGAUAUGAGAUGCUAUUUUUGAUGCACCAGUAACUUUGUUAUUACAUUUACAUUUAUAGGACAUUAUUGUGUGGGGGUAAAAUAAAGAAACAACAUGACAAUCUUGUAAGGGGUAAAUUUUUUCAUAUGUGUGGUUCAGGGACAGAGUUCAUCAGGAACAAAUGCCCUCAAUUCUGUAUUCUCAGAUUGGUGGUUGGUGUGUCUGGGCAUAUCACGUCUAACACAUAACACAACCUUUAAUUAUAAUAUUGCAGUUUGUUUUAUCCACCUAGAGGCUGACACCUAGCAUUCCUCUUUCUGGAACCAUAAUAAUCAUCCUCCCCUCCAGCAUUGAAUGAAAAGAUGCAAACAUACUUCAUUAGAACGGUGGCAAUAUUCUGUAAGCUAAAUAUGCGAGCAGACAGACGUGGAAGUGAUCUGAUAAGGCUCAGGAUCGCACUGGUGGAAGAUACAGACUUUCUGGAGACCCAAGUAAUUUAUGAUGUCUAUGGUUUUUCCAUUUACUUGUUUUCAGGAAGGAAGAAGCAUGUCACGCCUGUCUUUGACCCGGUCCCCGGUAUCUCCUAUGUCCACACAAGGAAUCCCUCUACCGGCUCAACUGACAAAGUCGAAUGCUCCGGUUCACAUUGACGUCGGGGGACACAUGUAUACUAGUAGCCUGGCUACUCUCACCAAAUACCCAGACUCAAGGUAAGGAAUCGGAUAUUCUCAUUCAAUAAGUGAAAGGUGUUUGUCUCGUUUAUUAUCCAUAGUGCCAAGAUACAUUUUUCACAUUUUUUAAAACAAAUUCUAGGAGAGUAGCCUACUGAUACACAUUUUCUUUGAAAUUGUCUCCCACCAUAAACUUAAAUAAGUAAUCGUGCUCAAUAACACUUUUUAUAGGACAUAUAUCCCAAUAUCCCCCAAAACCCCUCAUUACAAGUUUUUGAUAUCAGUUAUACAGUUGAUUGCUUUAAUGAUAGUUUCUCUCUAGUUUGAUAUUGUAUGUUGGAUAGCCUAACCUCCAUAUGGCUUCAUUUGAAUUGUAUUUGAUUAUAACAUUUUCUAACACAUGGAAAAUGUGUUAAUUGCUGUUGCUGACUCUUUCAUUCACUGAAAUGAUGCUACAGGUUUAUGCACUUUAGUUGUACAUUAUGGAGAGGGAAAAUGUCAGCUGUUAUUUCCCCAUUAUAGUAACAAAACCAACUGAUCUAAAACCAUCUCUAAUCGAUGUCCAAAUGAUUUGUAACUAAAACCAGCCAUGCAACUUUAAAGUAAUGCAAAUUGUUUAUGCUGAAGUUAGUUCAUGUUUUCUAUAGAAAUGACCCCUUAUGUUAUAGUAUUCUAUGAUCUACAUGCCCUAGUCAAUUACUAUUACUUGAAGCCAGAGUUUCAGCUAAGCCAAGGUAAACAUACAUCAGUUUGUAGGAAAAUCUGAGGAAAUGGUUAGAGGAAAAGUAUCAACAUAAGCCUUGGAUAUUCAGACAGCUCUGACAGGAAAUCACUGUCAACUCUCUUUGUUUUCUUUGUCCAUAAACCAACAUGAUUUAUCUUGUUGUGAGAAAAUCUCCAUGCCUAUAAAAGGCCAUUGUUUAUCCUUAGUAUUAUUAUGUCAUGUUUGUCAUCACUAUUAGCUGUGUGUUUGGUUCAUUUAAGAGGGUUGGACAGCAAGACAGGACAAGACACUGCAGGUACACGAUACCUGAGUGAACAUUUUUGUUAUUACUAGCAGUAUGUACAUAAUACCCACUGUUUUAUGACAUUAGAAUUAGAAUUACAGUAAAUCAAUAGUUUAUAUAUUAGGAUGACUUUCCAGAUGUUCAAAUACAGGUUGUUUCAUAUACACUCACAUAUAUACAGUGCCUUUGGAAAGUAUUCAGACCCCUUGACUUUUUCCACAUUUUGUUAGGUUACAGCCUUAUUCAAAAAUUGAUUAAAUUCUUUUUUUUCUUGAUUAAUCUACACACAAUACCCCAUAAUGACAAAGAAAAAAUAGGUUCCUAGAAAUUUUUGCUAAUUUAUAAAAAAUAUAAAACUGCAAUAUCAUAUUUACAUAAGUAUUCAGACCCUUUACUCAGUACUUUGUUGGAAGCACCUUUGGCAGCGAUUCCAGCCUCGAGUCUUCUUGGGUAUGACGCUACAAGCUUGGCACACCUGUAUUUGGGGAGUUUCUCCCAUUCUUCUCUGCAGAUCUUCUCAAGCUCUGUCAGGUUGGAUGGGGAGCAUUGCUGCACAGCUAUGUUCAGGUCUCUCCAGAGAUGUUUGAUCAGGUUAAAGUCCGGGCUCUGGCUGGGCCACUCAAGGACAUUCAGAGACAUGUCCCGAAGCCACUCCUGUGUUGUCUUGGCUGUGUGAUUAGGGUCAUUGUCCUGUUGGAAGGUGAAACUUCGCCCCCAGUCUGAGGUCCUGAGCGCUCUGGAGCAGGUUUUCAUCAAGGAUCUCUGUGUACUUUGCUCCGUUCAUCUUUGCCUCGAUCCUGACUAGUCUCCCAGUCCCUGCCGCUGAAAAACAUCCCCACAGCAUGAUGCUGCCACCACCAUGCUUCACUGUAUGGAUGGUGCCAGGUUUCCUUCCAGACAUGAUGCUUGGCAUUAUGGCCAAAGAGUUCAAUCUUGGUUUCAUCAGACCAGAGAAUCUUGUUUCUCAUGGUCUGAGAGUCUUUAGGUGCCUUUUGGCAAACUCCAAGCGGGCUGUCCUGUGCCUUUUACUGAGGAGUGGCUUCUGUCUGGCCACUCUACCAUAAAGGCCUGAUUGGUGGAGUGCUGCAGAGAUGGUUGUCCUUCUGGAAGGUUCUCCAAUCUCCACAGAGGAGAUUGUCCACCGAUUGCUCAGUUUGGCCGGGCAGCCAGCUCUAGGAAGAGUCUUGGUGGUUCCAAACUUCUUCCAUUUAAGAAUGAUGGAGGCCACUGUGUUCUUGGGGACCUUCAAUGCUGCAGACAUUUUUGGUACCCUUCCCCAGAUCUGUGCCUCGACACAAUCCUGUCUCGGAGCUCUAUGGACAAUUCCUUUGACCUCAUGGCUUGGUUUUUGCUCUGACGUGCACUGUCAACUGUGGGACCUUAUAUAUACAGGUGUGUGCCUAUCCAAAUCAUGUCCAAUCAAUAGAAUUUACCACAGGUGGACUCCAAUCAAGUUGUAGAAACAUCUCAACGUUGAUCAAUGGAAACAGGACGCAUCUGAGCUCAAUUUCGAGUCUCAUAGCUAAGGGUUUGAAUACUAAUGUAAAUAAGGUAUUUCUGUUUUAGUUUUUUUAUACAUUUGCUUAACAUUUCUAAAAACCUAUUUUUCGCUUUGUCAGUAUGGGGUAUUGUGUGUAGAUUACUGAGGAUUUUUAUUUAUUUAAUGCAUUUUAGAAUAAGGCUGUCACAUAACAAAGUGUGGAAAAAGUCAAGGGGUCUGAAUACUUUCCCAAGGCACUGUACCAGGAUGUACAUUAUGCAAAUGUACCGUGUUGUUUUACACUUAUGUUUAUACUAUUUAUCAUUUAACUUUUACACCACCAUGUACCUCAGUGGCGGUCAGUUUAAGAUGAGGGAGGACGUUUUUAUUUUUUUAUGAGCAUGGCCUUAUUUCUAUUACAGAAUAUUAGAUGACUGUCAUUCAUAUUCCAUCCACCCAGUUCAAUGUAACAGCGAUAGGCUUAGGCUACUACAUGAUACUCACAUUUUCCCUAUACCCAUCAUGAGGUCGCUACAAGCUAGCCUAUAAAUGAAAGUUUACAACAUUGGUGCACACAGGUUGAGAGAAAAAUUUGAGGCGACAGACAGUUACACAUGGACAGACAGUGACACAUUCAAUACCGCCUUGCACACUCUUGCCUGCAUCUAGCUGAUCUAGGGUGUAAUCAUUAGUCCAACAGUUGCAAACAAGUGUUUCCUUUGGACAAAUACAGGUAUAUUUAUCCCCGUUUCGUUCUGUUUGCUUCCGUUUAAGAAACGUUUUUCAACAGAAUCGGCAGAAUGAAUACACCCUUGAUCACGCGUAAACACAGUUCACUUUCAUAGUAGCCACAUUGUAUUCCUUCUCGCAUCUAUGCACUCUCCUCCUCUCACCUUUUCCCUUCGCUUGUGGACUUCAAAGCACAACACAUCAGCUGUAUGUGACCAGGCAAAAACAACUUUCCAAACCAUAUCAUAACCGUUACACACAGCCUACAUCGUUGUCACCAUAUUAGCGAAAGUAACGUCAUAGUCAAUGUAGCUAAUAGAACUAACGCGUUAGUAAACCCACUACAAUCAUGUAGUUACAGUGUACAGUCAGUAAGCAGUUUAGCACUUACACCGGCGGGCCCCGGUGGCAAUAAAUUAGUAAAACCAAAAGCUUAUCUUGACUUGGAAGAGUUCCAGUGUUGUGUUGGAUAGUCAUAGCCAGCUAGCUAACAUAGCAUCCCUCUGUUUGAGGAGGAUGUUUGAGUAGGCUAAACUAGCUAGCUGCAUUUGCUAGCUAAGUAAGUGAUACUGAAAGUGAUACUCUCUCGAUCUCUCUCUUGCUUCUCCUUCAUUUUUUUGGAAGAAAUGUAUUUGUUCAAAACUGUUCAACAAUUGUCUUUCUCUCUCGUUGAGUCAACUACUCACAACAUUUUAUGCACUGCAGUGCUAGCUAGCUGUAGCUUAUGCUUUCAGUACUCUUUCUCUAAUUCUUUGAUUGGGUGGACAACAUGUCAGUUCAUGCUGCAAGAGCUCUGAUAGGUUGGAGGACGUCCUCCGGAAGUUGCUUCUGCCGAUUCUGUUGUAAUAAUUACUGUGUAAGUCUAUGGAAGGGGGUGAGAACCAUGAGCCUUCUAGGUUUUGUAUUGAAGUCCAUGUACCCAGAGGAGGACGGAAGCUAGCUGUCCUCCGGCUACACCAUGGUGCUACCCUACAGAGAGCUGUUGAGGCUACUGUAGACCAUUGCAAAAAAGUAAAUUAAUCAAUUAUUUGGUGAUAUGUGAAUGUAUUUAGUAUAGUUUUAUCUAAAAAGGAUCACAUUUUAAAUGUUUUACUUAAAUAAAUAAUAAAUGAAAUUCACUGAGGAGGAUGGUCCUCCCCUUCCUCCUCUGAAGAGCCUCCACUAACCUCACAUAAUGAUGUUACACAUUGCAUACACAUUAUACAUCCUGAACACACAAGGGUGAAAAGCCUUACAAAUGUAACAUACAUACUGUAUAGUAGGGAGCUCAGAAGCAGUGCUUUUACAGUAAGAGUAAUGACAGGAUACCACUGUGUAUGUGAGAGCCAGUUCUCUCUCUCGUUCUCUCUCUCUCUCUCUCUCUCUCUCUCUCUCUCUCCUCUCUCUCUCCUCUCCUCUCUCUCUCUCUCUCUCUCUCCUCUCUCCUCUCUCUCUCUCUCCUCUCUCUCUCUCUCUCUCUCUCUCUCUCUCUCUCUCUCUCUCUCUCUCUCUCUCUCUCUCUCUCUCUCUCUCUCUCUCUCUCUCACUCUCUCUGCCUCCUCAGUGUUCCACACAGUCUGCCUCAGGAGUGCACUUUCCUCUGGAACCAGUGGAGGAGGAGCCCUUUUGUGUGAAUUAGGAUAAUGGCUGACAGAAAGCAAAACAAUUACACUGCAAUAGCCAGACUUAUAUGCAGUCUUUUUAGAGGACAUCCGGUGUGGUGUGCAUGGAGGAGUCUAGUCCUAGUCCACCAUCCAUGAUCCACUGAAACUUGACAAUUAAAGAACAAGGUUCAAAGAAUUGUAAGUUGAUGAUUACUUUUAAAAGAUUGCUGCGUUAAUAAUGCAGAGUGCGUAGAGAAACUUAGUCUAGUAACUAAUGUCUGGGUAUUCAUCUUCCUCUGUACAGACUGCAUUAAGGGACAGGGGUCAUCAAACAUUGAUACCCGCUCUGGGGAGUUCAUAGUUAAGGAGAUAAGCUUCAGAGCUCCAUUCUACUGAGGCUGAGAAAAGUAAAUGAGAAGAAUAUUACACAGACAAGGAAACUAUUUUGAAAUGACCUUUGACACAGGUUAUUACUUGAUACUUGUUUUAUUUUGGUCUGAUCACAGACAACGAUGAGACAGCCUAUAGGGAGGAGGUCAGAGACCUGGCCGUGUGGUGCCAGGACAACAACCUCUCCCUCAACGUGACCAAGACAAAGGAGAUGAUUGUGGACUACAGGAAAAAAAAGAGGACUGAGCACGCCCCCAUUCUCAUCGACGGGGCUGUAGUGGAACAGGUUGAGAGCUUCAAGUUCCUUGGUGUCCACAUCACCAACGAACUAUCAUGGUCCAAACACACCAAGACAGUCGUGAAGAGGGCACGACAAAGCCUAUUCCCCCUCAGGAGACUGAAAAGAUUUGGCAUGGGUCCUCAGAUCCUCAACAAAUUCUACAGCUGCACCAUCGAGAGCAUCCUGACUGGUUGCAUCACCGCCUGGUAUGGCAACUGCUUGGCCUCCGACCGCAAGGCACUACAGAGGGUAGUGCGUACGGCCCAGUACAUCACUAGGGCCAAGCUUCCUGCCAUCCAGGACCUCUAUACCAGGCGGUGUCAGAGGAAAGCCCUCAAAAUUGUCAAAGACUCCAGCCACCCUAGUCAUAGACUGUUCUCUCUGCUACCGCACGGCAAGCGGUACCGGAGUGCCAAGUCUAGGUCCAAAAUACUUCUCAACAGCUUCUACCCCCAAGCCAUAAGACUCCUGAACAGCUAAUCAUGGCUACCCGGACUAUUUGCACUGCCCCCCCCACCCCAUCCUUUUACGCUGCUGCUACUCUGUUAAUUAUUUAUGCAUAGUCACUUUAACUCUGCCCACAUGUACAUAUUACUUCAACUACCUCAACUAGCCGGUGCCCCCGCACAUUGACUCUGCACCGGUACCCCCCUGUAUAUAUAGCCUCCCUACUGUUAUUUUAUUAUACUUCUGCACUUUUUUUCUCAACACUUUUUUUGUUGUUGUUUUAUUUUUACGUUAAAAAUAAAUGCACUGUUGGUUAAGGGCUGUAAGUAAGCAUUUCACUGUAAUGUCUGCACCUGUUGUAUUCGGCGCAUGUGGCCAAUAACAUUUGAUUUGAUUUGAUUUGAUAAUCUCUCUGGUUUCCAUUAUCUAUGAGGGAUAUAUAGUAUAGCAUAAAAACAGGUAUUUUUUCACCUCAGGUAUUCAAACCAGCGACCUUUCGGUUACAGGCCCAACGCUCUAACCACUAGGCUACCUGCAGCCAUCAGUGGUAUUAUCUACUAUGCCAGGGGUUCCCAAACGUUUUCACUCAGGCCCCCCUUCCAGCAUUGCAGGAUAUCACUGGCCCCCACAGAGCCAGUGUACGCCCUUGAAGUUGGGUUUGAUACAUUCAUCCAAACACACUCUCUGGGCAUUUGUUUUCACAGACAUAUGUAAGAUGUCCUGCAACGUAUGUCAAAAUUUAUUGGGAAUCUAUUGAAGACAGCUCAGGUCUCUUUCAUUUUGGAGAGAGUGAAAAGCUGCACUUGUCUUGACCCACCCACACCCCUAGCCAUGAGUUUCAGACUCUAAACUGUUAGUCUGACAUGUGUGGGUCCAUGAGAUGUCUACCUACCGCCCGCUCACCCCCGCUGCCUCUACUCAGCACCGCUGGGAUGGGAGAUCAGAGAUGCUCCAGUCCUUCACAAACUCCCACUCUGCCCUUCUCUCUCUCUCUCUCUCUCUCUUUCUCUCUCUCUCUCUCUCUCUCUCUCUCUCUCUCUCUCUCUCUCUCUCUCUCUCUCUCUCUCUCUCUCUCUCUCUCUCUCUCUCUCUCUCUCUCUCUCUCUGUCUCUCUCUGUGUAUCUGAGCCAGGCAGGCAGGCAUGAGGGUGUGUAGCUGUCUCUCUCUCUACCUGUCUGACAUGACAGAAACAAAGCUGGGUGAGGGCAGGGGUCCGUCUUUCAGGUGCUGAGGGCCCCGAAUCUGUGAUUUACCAAAAGAAAACACUGAGACCGAGGGAGAUACAGAAAUGGAGAGAGGGAAAAAGAAAUAAAUAAAAUAAAAACAGGCAGCAUUUUAAUUGCUUAAAAAAAAGUGGAGAUGAAAAACAGAGUUAGCCUGGAGGGGUAUGGUGAAAUUCUAGCUGGAAGAAUUGCAAGACCAUAUGAGAAAGGAACACCUCGGGCAUAACAGGGAGAUGAGUAUUGGUUUUUUAUAAAGCAUUUUGCAUCGAUUUCCAGAGCGAAAGAGAGAGGGGCAAGAUGGAGAGAGAGAGAAAGAGAGGGAGAGCAUAUUUGCACUGGCUCUCUUUAUACAGUUAACAGGAAAGGAAAAACAGGGCAAAUUCUACAUGAUAUGAUUCAGUCUAUACCUGAUGAAGCCCUUUGAUACAGGCACUGUGUCUUUACAAAUCAAAGGAUUGUAAUGGAAAUUCAAUGCAAUUUAAACUAUAAAGUCAACACUUAUUGUGGUCCCAUGUGGCUCAGUUGGUAGAACAUGGCGCUUGCAAUGCCAGAGUUGUGGGUUCGAUUCUCACGGGGGACCAGUAUGACAAAGUAUGAAAAUGUAUGUACUCACUACUGUAAGUUGCUCUGGAUAAGAGUGUCUACUAAAUGACUAAAAUGUAAUACAGCUGUGUGUAUAGAGAUUCCCAAUGCGACUCUCUUUCUUGUGUUAUGUCUUAUAACAGGAUUUAACAGUCACUGGGCAAAAGCAGAUUGUGUGAAUUUGUCUUUCUUUGUGGUUUAACUGUACUCAGCUGACCUAAAAGCUGUUAGCAUGAUUAAAGAGCUGAUUACAUCAAAACAAUGAUAACAGCGAGCGAAGCCUUCUCUCUGCCAAGAGCUGUUUCUGGGAGAGAGGAGGGAAAUGUGCAGUGAAAUCGUUUUAAAGGUUACUCUAAAUACACUUAACUGCCACUUCUACAGAAAACUGUUGAGUGACUCAUACAAAUACUUCAGUAAAACAGUGAUAGAGACACCAUGUCAAUCAUGUCUCUAAUAAUGACCAACAUAAAUGUCAUAUUUAUCUUCCUUCCAGGUCUAUAGCUAUUAUACACCUAGUGCAGAUCUGAGGUGAAAUUAAUGAACUAAUGGUUGAGAGCUACAGUAGCUACAGAUGUAGGAUCUUAAUUUGAGACUGUUUGCUACAGCAGGAAAAUAUCCUGCAGCACCAGGAAAUGUGAAUUAUUAUGUGUAUUAUAAUUAAGGGAUUUUUUUGGGGGGGGUUGAUACAUUUUUUGUAAGGGAAAAUCAAGUCAGAAAUUUAAAAGUGGAAAUUACAAACUUCAGAAGCCUUUUUAAACCUUAAAUACACUACAUGUUUUUAAUUUCCUGCAUUGCAGGAAGGUUCUCCUGCAACAAGGUGAUCAAAUUAAGAUCCUACGUCUGUACCUUGACAACCUCACAAGAGAUGAGAGAAAUGUGUAGUUGUCCAACCAUAUUUCAAGUCAUCGUAUCGACAGUAUAUGGUGGGAUGAAAGCUAACAGAUUACAGCAAUUUCAACUCCUUAUUCACUCCUGGUUACAGUACAUUUUGAGAGGCCAACUAUGGAUGGAUGCUUGGCGAACUACAGGUGUCUUAGAAGUUAUGUCCAUCAUUCAUGGAAUUUCCCUCUGUUGUUCUGUAUUCUAAUGGGAAACCUGCGUCAGUUAUUUUAGAGAAAUUACUUUUUGAAUGAAUGCUGAUUUUUACAGUGAACGGCAUGAGGUGUAAUAGUCACACUUCGUCUCUUACUUGUUUUAAAAAAUGAACCAAAUCAAUACAUAAUUCAGUGGAAUAUUUGUAUUCAAAACACAAAUAGGUGUCAGAGUAUGAAACUGUGAAUAUUGACAUUAUCAUAUGCAUCAUGGAUUCACACACUAUAGAGAAACAUAUAUCAUAUUUCAUUGUAGCAAACCCAUUUCAUUUUUUUUUUACCCUUUAGUAAUAGAGCUUUAAACUGAACCCAUAACAUUCAUUUCUGUAAGUACCAGCCGAGACACUGUAUGUUGUCCUAAUCACACAGCAGAAGGGACACUUCAAACAGGCCUGGAACACAGGAAAUGUGCCUUAAGCCCCUUGUUUCAACCAGGAUGCUAAUACAUUUCAGCCUUAGCACUAAUAAAAUGGAAAAAUAAAUGGAGGGUAAUUGUUUCAUGCAUUUGAAGGCAGCCGCUCAACUCAACCUCAUUCCAUUAUGUGUGUGUGUGUGUUUCAAUUUCCAGAAUCAGCCGUCUGUUUAAUGGCACAGAGCCCAUCGUGCUGGACAGCUUGAAGCAGCACUACUUCAUCGACAGGGAUGGAGAGAUAUUCCGCUACAUUCUCAGCUUCCUCAGGACCUGCAAACUGCUUCUCCCAGAUGACUUCAAGGUACAUUAUGAUUUGUAUUUGCACACCAUAACAUCAUGUGCACUGUAUGCACUCACACAGUGAGAGAUAUACAAAGGAUAGAUUAUUGAUUAAAAGUUUGAGCUUCCCUCUCAUCUGAGAAGAAUGUCUAACAUGUUAGUUUUCGUUGUCUAUCAAUUUAUAUUGUAAACAUUAUUUGGCACUACAUUCACAUUCAAUAGGUCAAUAUCAGCAGUCAUAUGUUUUAUUAAUAAAAGAUUGGAAAUCUAAUCUAAUUAGUCCCCACUGAUUUAUCAUUAAAGUGAUGCUUCGAAGGUUUUGUAUAAUUUCAGCCAGUAGUUCUGAAAGUUGUGCUCACGAGCCAAAAUGGGUCCCCGAAAAAUGUGCACAAUUGUGUACUACGUCAUACAUUUCACUUGAUAUCUUAAAAAAGGUUUUUAUGCAAUUUGUAUGAUAUGUUACGAAUUACAAUUCGUACAAUAUGUUACGAAUUUGUAAGCGCUUAAGAUCCCGGACUGCACCUUUAGUAUACAGUGAAGGAAAGGUGAAAAUUCAGUCUAAAACAUAGAAUUGUUCUUUGAUGUGAACCAAAGCCCAGAGCUGUUGUUUCUCACAAAAUAAUAUUUCUAUAGAGGUGAAGCCAGGUGAAACAGGCUGUAUAGCCCCUGAUCCACUUGUUCCAGUCUGACAGUACCACCCAGUCUCCCAGCCACUGUCUCUCUCUCUCUGCUCUCAAUACAGUGCCAUGACAGUUUAAAGGAACUGGGCUUGAGAGGGAAGUAGGAAUACUAGAGGAAGCGAGAAUAAUGUGGUCUUGAGUCUGACAGAGGGGAAUGUGAGGGGAGGGAGUGUACUGUAGGUGAUGUCUACAGACAGACAAACACACACACACACACACACACACACUCACAAAAACACACACUUUUAUACAGUGCUCUAUCUGGGACACUACAUUGGUCCAUGUUAGCCUACUGUGGCUGCACACACCUGGCUCCUGUUUCAGCGUGCGCAUGAGGAGACUCCUUCCUGGACGCGCUCGGCUUAGCACACCAACCGGCUCUGGAAAUACACACAUAUUAUUGUUACUAAGUUAUUCUACUUAGUAACAGAGCAAAGAUUCAGGCCAAUGAUCGAUCAUGGACUCAUGCCAAAUCUUCUGUGAUUUAACCACUUUGAUCGAUCUAAAACACAAUGAGUAAAAUGUAAAGUUCUCUAUGGUUGAUGAUGGAUAAGGAGAGCAGAUUCUAUUCCUGUCCAUUCAGAUCCCUUUUAGUUCACCCUAUUAUACCCAAACUUCCAUGUCUUUCCCCUGUGGGCUUGGAGUAGUUCAUCACUCUCGCUAAGGGGAGUAGAGGAGAGGCAGAGCCCCUGGCUAACUCUCAGGGCUAAGCAUUAAGGCUGAAUGGGGACUGACCUGAACAACAGUGAGGACAUGAAAGCUUCCUUCACAUUUUUGGAAAAUUACAUUUUGGUUUUGGUCUGAUCUGUAUAGUGUACUGUAUGGAAGCUAUAGCUGUUCUCAUCCACUCCCGUUCUACACAGUCCAAUCAGCCAAUGACUGUAAGCCAAACGAAUGCAGCAUCAGGCCUCAUUGUUUCAACUCAUGACAUUAACACCCUCGCAUCAUCCAGCCUCCUCUCUCUCUCUGUUGAUCUGCAUACCUUUCAAUUUACGUGAACUCUGAAAGAAAUGCAAAUACAGUUAGGAGGACUUGAGCAUGUUCUUAUCUGAAAACAAUCAGUCUUGGCGUCGCCCCAGGCCUGGGUCUCUUAUACUGCUGGCAGCCACGAUGCUGUGUGUUUAGCUAAAUCAAUGUGAAAGUCUGCUUAGCGGAAUAGUAACAAAUAUUUAGCAUAAAUCAGUAGAUAUAAUACAAUAUUCACCAUUAAUAUGCCUUCCACAUGACAUAUUUCAGACAUUAUUCAGACUACAAUGAAUCACAAAGUGUGUAAGCAAUGCUCAGUCAAAUUAGGUUAUGGUCCUUAACCAUUCCGGUGUGUUUUUGCAUGUUAGAAUAAUAUUAUUAUAUCAAUGAACAGUAAGUUCUUUAUUUUUCAGUACGAUCCAGUAGAUUUCUCAGUCACCCACAGUGCUAGACAAAGUGUUAUUGCAAUAGUAAGGCUAAUUGAUUUCACAUUUCACAUUCAUUAUUGUCUUGUUCAUUAUCACCCCAUAUAGGUCAGUGGUAUUACCAUAUCCAUGUCAAAUGACAGUGUAGAAGGUAACUUCUAAUUUUGUUGGUUUAGUUAGCUGUAAAAAAGUAUUUUGUUCCUGUUUUGGAUCAAGACAAUCUCUCUCUGUCUGCUCCCUCUCUGUCUGCUCUCUCUCUGUCUGCUCCCUCUCUGUCUGCUCCUCUUGUCUGCUCCCUCUCUGUCUGCUCCCUCUCUGUCUGCUCCCUCUCUGUCUGCUCCCUCUCUGUCUGCUCCCUCUCUGUCUGCUCCCUCUCUGUCUGCUCCCUCUCUGUCUGCUCUCUCUCUGUCUGCUCCUCUCUGUCUGCUCCCUCUCUGUCUGCUCCCUCUCUGUCUGCUCCCUCUCUGUCUGCUCCCUCUCUGUCUGCUCCCUCUCUGUCUGCUCCCUCUCUGUCUGCUCCCUCUCUGUCUGCUCCCUUUCUGUCUGCUCCCUCUCUGUCUGCUCCCUCUCUGUCACUCUCUCCCCAUCUCUCUAUUUUGCUCCCCCCCCCCCCCCCCCCCCCCCCCCCCUCCAUUCUCCCUCCACCUCCCCCCUCCAUCCAUUCUCCCUCCAUCCUUCCCUGCGAUGUUGCCUUGCCAGUGGGUGAUCAGGUCGGAUCAUUAUUUUGGAGCUCAACCGGCCUGUCUGGGCACAGGAUUGUGGGAUAGAUUGUCUCUUGGAGCUGGCAGCAUACAGCAAAGACAGAGCUGUUGGGCCUGUCUCCCCUCUCAUCCUCACUUCAGCAUUACGUUAGGAUUACUCUGUUGUUUUCUGUUCUGUUCUGCCCGGCUCAGGCUCAGGAUGACUAAAGUGCCCUUGCAGACAGACCCCUGUUAAAAACACAUCCAUCCAUGGCUUCAGACCUGUGAAGGAUGAGGAGCUACACUUCGAUUCAGAGAGCACCCCGAAGGGGGAACGUCUCUGUAUGUAUUUUGUCAGCCGCAGUGAGAAGUGAGAGAAAAGAAGUGACCGACCCACCCCUUCACAUUCUGUCAUCUUACAUAUUACAAUGUCUGCUUAAGAUGUGUUGCGUCAUCGCCCUGCUUCAGCUAGAGUUGGUUUUGGGUCAUUCCUGGUUUUCAGAUGGGGGGGUUGAAUGAGGGGUUAAAGAAGCAGAAGGUUUUUCAUUGAAGGGUUUUUCAGGAUGGAAGAAAUAGCGUCUGUUUCUUCCAUCCUCACUGUGGCAGGCAGGGUUAAUGAAUAUGCUGUUUGCUGCUAUUGCCCUACCACACUCUGUACCCAGCAGUGUUCUGGAGAGGCAAGGGAAAACUCUUUUUAGAUUUGGUUCCCCCAGCACCCCUAGCACCCAACACCCACAGCCAAUGAUGAUGCAGUCAGACUGAAACAGGCACUCACUCUUUCUCUCCUCUGCACAAACCCUAACUUACUUUAGAAGUGCAUAAAGACUUUAUAAACACUGCAAUCAUCAACUUUUCUCUUGAACCAGUAUCUUUCAUCAAGAGAAUGAUUAGAAGGUCCUGAUACCGACCAAAUACAUGGAGGAUAUGGCAACUCAUUAUGUCAUGGGAAAUAUGGUUUCCCUUUGUGCUAGGUUGAAGAUGACAAUUGUUAAGACAACGAGAUUCUAUUAUCCCAUAACUCUUUUCAACAAUGGGACCUGCUAUUCUAGUUAGCAACGGUGCUGGUAGUUAGCAAUAGCGCUGGUCCAAGAUUUGUGACGACGUUAUCUUAGCCUCUAUAUAUUUUUGACCUUCUCUUUGUACAGUAAAUACAUCAAAUAAAAUGUAAUGAAUGCGGCUACCAUGAAUGUAGCAAUUUACCUUUGUAUAAUUUCCAAGGUAGCAAUUUACCUUUGUAUAAUUUCCAGCUAGAGCUAACGGUAGCUAAAUCAAUUACUGAUUGUUUUGCAAGCACAUUUACUAAUUUGACGCAAUAUUAAAUUGUGAUAUCAGAGCUUAACAUUGGGCCACUAUUCACAUUAGACAUGACCAUAAAAUCCCCUCUAUGCAAAGCAUGCAUAAAAAAUCAACCAUGGCUUAUAUUAUAAUUAUCCUCAUGUUCACUUCUUCUCCCACAUAUAUUCCCCUCACCUCCCCUCUGUUAGCUAGUUACCAAUAGCUUGCCUUUCCUCCUCAGUCUUCCUGGUAUUUUCUAUGGUAGUGUUGAAUGAUGGUGCCAUCUGGUCUUGUGGGAAAUUAGAGGCAAGAGCGCAGGGGCAAAUGGCCCCCAGCAAUCACAGCCCAGGGGGAGAAAGGCAGCUAGCAAUCUGCUGCAGCUAGACUGUCUGCACACAGGAAUGUACCAUCCCAUCCCACAUCACUGCAGCCUGGGCUCGCUGAGCCUCUCCUCACUGACACAGGCCUCUAUAGAAUAGAGCUAGCUCAAUACAACAUGCUAGAGGAUUACUCAGCCCUGCCAACAGCUACUGUUGGAGUAGAGACUGACUGGCUGAUUGCAGCUAUGGCCAUGUUUAGCAUGGCUGUGGUUCUGGUAGUAAAAAACAAUACAGGCCUUUCUUGUAAACAACUGGAGACUGAUCUGAUUUACCAGUGAAUCAUUCUUCAAUCUGAGAUAUUUGAAUGUUCAUUGUGGGCCUAACCAAAAUCAUUUGUAACCAGGAAAUACCAUGAGAGGAAUAUGAGGGACUAUAAUAGACGGGGAACACUCUUUUAACACCACUUCGAUACGGAAGUACUUUUUUCAUAGCAGGUUAGGAGAAUUUACGCAGCAGGUUAGGAGAAUUAACGUAGCAGGUUAGGAGACUGAGGUUAAGGUUAGGAAAAGGUUUAGGGUUACCGUUAGCAAAAACUGCUCUCCUAACCUGCUACGAAAAUCACUUCGUAUCGAAGUGCCGUAAAAAGGACAAAGAGGUCUGACAUGAAUAUUACUUGGAUUUGAGUGUUUGUGCGUAUGUCCUAUCCUGUCCCAUCCAGGAGUUCCACCUGCUGUACGAGGAGGCUCGGUACUACCAGCUGUCCCCCAUGAUUAAGGAGUUGGAGCGUUGGAAGCAGGAGCGGGAGCAGCGCAGGACGGCCCAGCCCUGUGACUGCCUGGUGGUGCGGGUGACGCCUGACCUGGGUGAGCGGAUCGCCCUCAGCGGGGAGAAGGUGCUCAUCGAGGAGAUCUUCCCCGAGACUGGAGACGUCAUGUGCAACUCGGUGAAUGCCGGCUGGAACCAGGACCCCACGCACGUAAUCCGCUUCCCCCUCAACGGCUACUGCAGGCUCAACUCUGUCCAGGUAGAUAAUGAACGCUGUUUUGUCUGUGCAUGAAUGUCGGCAGCCAUCUUUAAUCAUCACUAGAAGUUUUUUUUCCUGGUGAUGAAAACCCCAGAGAGCCUCUGUGACUUCUGUUUUCCUAUAGUCUUGAGGGAGGAGGGUUUAAAGUGGGUAUAGUAGUGUAUCACUUUUUACAGAUGUGAAGUUGACUGUUCUAAAGUCGUCACUGGUGAUCUAUAGGACAAGGACUCCACUUUGAAAUGUAAAGGCGUGUGACAUGAUUUGUAGCUUGCGUGUAGCCACAGACAAGAUGACUGUUCUGUAGCAACAACCCCUCAUCAUAACCCACAUGGGAUAAUAGAUACUCUCAUGUGUGAAUUUAUUUAAGAUGUUCGGAGAUAGUGACACGUUUUUUCAGCCACUUGUAGGCGUAUGUCACAGUGAUAAUAUUCAUCUUCCUCUCAGAAAGCACUCUUCCCUCUCCAGAAUUGAAUGAGGCUUUAAGGAACGCAGCAGCCUCUCACCACAGCUCUGUGGUAUCAUCAACACCUCAUUGCCAAUAGCCAUACAGAUCAACACAUAGAGGAGCCUCACCCAGCGCCCAGCAUGCCCCACACUACCCCCAACACGCCAGGCAGGCAUUCUGCUCUGACACCUCCACCGCCCUCCUGCCAAUGUGAGAGACCACCUCCGGGGCUGCUGCCUAGCUGCCUGAGCAGCGGGACAAAGCCAUGUCUCCUCUCCAUUGUCUGCCUGCGCUGCGGCCAUGUUUUCUUCUCGCAAAAUAUGAUAUGCAUAAUUUACGUUUGACUCCUUUUUAAGACACAGCUCCUCUUUUUAAAAAGACUCCAAUAUAACACCGCCCGGGGAGAUUGAAAUACACGUAUUGCAUUUUUUAAUACCAUACUUACAAUUUCUCAAACAGCCUAAACCGGUUUAUACUUAUUUGAUAGAUUUUUAAAUGGCUUGCAAUAUAAUUAAUUGGCCGCAUCAACUAACACAACAUUUUCCCACUAUGUUUCCCGCUGAGUCUGGUCUUAGUGUGCGCCGUAGAUCCGUCUCAAAUGGACUGGGAAGUAUCCCUCCUAUUUUAGGUUUUCCUUAUUAGGCCUUUCCCACAGAUUCACUGUCUCUCUGUGGCGCUGAGGUGAAACAAACCCCAUUAUUCAGUGGUUGCAUCCCAAAUGGCACCGUAUUCCUUACAUAGUCGGUGAAUAUGGCACCUUAUAUAGGGAAUAGGGUGCCAUUUGGGACAGACAGCGUGUGAAUGACUUGGCGCUGGCAGAAACGGGAGCCUGCCUUCUCUUCAGGGUUUCCUGUUUGUGAUGUUUGUGUUAGUGAAUGAGGGACACAGUGGGGCUCUAGAGGGCUUUGUCUCAACGUAUGGACUUUGCCACCGGAUGGGGAGGCAUUGUUUACGGCAGGGCUCUUUCUCUCUCUGGGCUGGCCCCUUUAAGACCCACGCCCACGCGCGCAGGCAUGCACACACACAAACACGCACACACACACACACACACACACACACACACACACAAGCACACUGCAGGGGUUGGCUGAUAGGCUCAUUGAGCUGCUGUAGGUUAGGGGAACAGAGAGCAGAUGGAGGUGUUUUCUGGUGUAAGGGGAGAUUUUUCUAAACAACUUACUCAUCCUGUCCUGUGUCAUUGUUGCGUGAAGGUAUGAGAAGGUUAUGAGAAUAAUCCUCAUCUUACCUGGCCAGACAAUGUGCCUGUGAUCUGAUUACAGUCCUGGACCCCGACCCAAGGAAAUGCAACCACACCCCGCCCACAGAGGAAGAAAGAAAAGAGAGAAAGAAAGGGGGAGAGAGAAAGAGAGGGAAAGAGUUGAAAAAGAGAUGGAAAAUAGAUAGUAUUGAGAACUUGUGUAUUUCCGUGUUGCCCUGGUUUGGAUUCUUCUGUCUCUGUUUUAAAUACAGAGUCAUCUGGUGCCCUUAGUUACAGCAUUUUUAUUCCGAUACAAGGGCAGGUACAUUCAUUAUAAUUAUUUAACAAUAAGAUUUUUGGCUCAUUCUGUCUGAGAAAUCAAUCUUGCCAACUCCAACGUAAGAGCAAACCAAUAAACAACCCCACCUUGGUGAGUGAACGAUUCAUUCCUGCAGUCAUGAGAGGAAUUUAGGGGAAAUAAUGCAAACCACCUGCUCUGUGAUGUAGAGCCAUGGGAAAAAAGGACUGGUCCACUUAAGAAAGGGAAAACAUUUAGCUAAAGAGCCACAGAGGUGUACACUACACACACACACACACACACACACACACACACACACACACACACACACACACACACACACACACACACACACACACACACACACACACACACACAACACACACACACACACACACACACACACACACACACACACACACACACACACACACACACACACACACACACACACACACACACACACACACACACACACACACACACACACACACACACACACACACACACACACACACACACACACACACACACACACACACAUACACACAAACACACAAACACACAAACACACACACACACACACACACACACAUACAUACACAUUCACACAAACACACACACAGUCCCAAAGCAGGAGCCGGCCGGUAUACUCCUCCAUACAUCAUAGUGAUGGAGCACUGUGAUCAGGCCAGACGCAAUCCUUCCUUCAUCACCCUGACAGCAACACUACUCUGAGACACGGCCCCUGUCCCCCCUCCUGUCCCCUCUCACUGCCAGGGCUGCCAGGGCCGGGGACAUUACAUGGCCGAGCCACUCUCUCUGACAUGUCAUGUCACACAGCCAGCCUAUCAAUCCAUACUGGGUCAGCUAGUAACAGGGAGAACAUGGCGCAACCCUGCAGUCUGCCUCCAUCACCAUCACCACCACCAACCUCACCCCUCCCUUCUGAAAAGAAAACAUAGAGCACAUGAUAAACUUACCAAAACUAUUUCCGGCACUCCUGUGUCAAAGCAUUACUAGAAACUUAUUUUGUGAACUUGUCUCUUAGACAAGGCAGCAGUUGUCCCUCCUAGAAAUGGCACGCUUUAGUAUGAUCAGACAAACACUUUCUAAUUGGUAUUUUGUUGUAGAUGCUUGUGAUGAAGUGGAGAAUGAAGAAGAGGUAGAAACAGCGGUGUGCCUUGUCACAUUUUAAUGCCCAUGUAUAGUUAAACAAAGUAGGACUCCCUCCGUGCAGCACCACAUUACUCUGAGUCUGCUCUACCUGUCACUCACACCCAGCCCAACGUCCUGACAUCUGGAGACAGACGAGUGCUGCACAGGCAUCUCUGGAGAUGUGUGUGUGUACGUGUGGGUGUGUGUGGUGUGUGUGUGUGUGUGUGUGUGUGUGUGUGUGUGUGUGUGUGUGUGUGUGUGUGGGUGGGUGUGUGUGUGUGUGUGUGGAUGGGUGUGUGAAUGCACAUCCGUGUGCCUGCAUUCCUGCGUGUAUGUGUGUGUGUGAACUCCGGUGUGUGUAUGUGUGUGUGUGUGCACUCGGGUGUAUGUGUGUAUGUGUGUGUGUGUGCACUCGGGUGUAUGUGUUUGUGUGUGUGUGUGUGUGUGUGUGUGCACUCCGGUGGCCAUCAAUAUUACAUCACGCUCUGUUUCCAGCCAUGAGGCUCAUCCACUUUGAUUCCUGCCUCACCGUCUUCUCUUCUGUCUCUACUGCGUUCUGUUCCGUUAUGAUGCUGGGAGGUUAGUGGAGCGAGCUUGAUACGUAUCCCCUGCUCAUCCCCAUGGCGACCCCAGGUUUGAGUGGCAGCACUGUGAUGUCCCUGUGUGCUGUACAGGGGGGUGGGGGUUGAAUGUGACAGUGGCUGAUCCCUCUGCAGCCAAGUCAACCCUGCAACAGUGAGAAUAGUUUAGUGUGCUACAUUAGGCUACGUGUAUGAAGGUGCACAGGGGAUGAAGUGAGGCCAUGCUUCUGUUCACAUUCUCAGCUUCAAAUGUAGACAGAGGCAGUAAAAGGGGAACCAAAAGUGCUGCUACAGUGGAAGAAGUUUAGAAAGUAGGAAACUUUCAGAAACCACCAUAACUCCUGGGUUUUGUAAAAGAGCCAAUACCUUAUUUACAGCAAGAAGCGUUAAAGACACUUGAACAUUGGGACAUUUGGCAUUUUGAAUCAAAGAUCAAUGUACAUGUGUUGAAAUGUACAUGGUCAUGUGUUGAAAUUCAAUAUGAAAUGUUGAGGUUAAAUUCAAUGUAUUUACAAUGUAAUAAUGCCUCAUUAUCAAAAUGUUUUAAUUAAGAGUAUCUUUAUUGAUCAACCCUACUCUCCUUUGUGACCGAACGCGUCGCCUAACAUGACAGAGUCCCACAUAUGUAAAAAAAAAUAUGGGGGGAAAAUGCAAUGUGAUGCAAUGAUCAAAGCUGGGAGUGUAAUAUCAUUUCCAUAAUCAUUACUCCUCUCCAUCGUCUGUCGUGGAUUUGGGGAGUGUUCGUUUGAUGCUUCGGCAGGUCUCUUAAUUAGUGCCUCUCUUAAACUCACCAUCAGCCGUCUGCCGCCUCUCUUUCCCACAAAUUACUGACUCCGUCAUCGCCACAGAGCUCCGGAGGGGAGGGGAAGAGAAGAGAGAGAAGAGAGGGGAAAGAGGGAGAGGGAGAGGGGGUAGUUAUCGUUAUCGGAGUUAGUUAGGUGCAAGAAGAAAAAUGCUGCUGGCCCACAUUUAAUCUCAGCCUGUGUCCCAAAUGGCCCCAUGGCGAUUCCCUAUAUAGUGCACUAGUUUAGACUACAGCCCUAUGGGCCCUGGUCAAAAGUAAUGCACUACAUAGGGAAUAGGGUGUCAUUUGGGACACAGUCUCAGCCUUGUUUUUGCAUCAGGGCAAGGGGGGAAGCAGGGAGAGGUGGUACGGGGGGUGUUUAAACCAGCCAUUAAUAGUUGAGCAGGCCUGUUUAACAGGCCCUAUCAGUCUGUGUGAUCUGUGAAUUCCUCAGCAGGCACCCUAACCCCCAGACUGAGGAGGCUGCAUGACUCAACCACCGGGACUAAUUGUCCCGCUUUAGCUCUCCAAUGAGGCCACUCUCACUGGUGUGUGUGUGUGUGUGUGUGUGUAUGAGUGUGUGUGUGUGUGUGUGUAUAUACGGGGCAACAGGCGAAACUCAUGUAUUUUGCGUGAUCUUGGUCUCUGGCUUCAUAUCUGGCAAUAUAGGGAGAGGGAGGCUAGCCCUGAGCGAGACCUUUCAUUUCCAUGUGCUGCAACACUCUAUUAAAGGAACUGGGGAAUAAGUCAUAACACAGCACUCCUCACAUUGGGAUUUAAAGAUACCCCCUCUCCUAAAAAGGAUUACAGGAGAUGAAAAAAAUCUGAGUCUCACUAACGUGCAUCCAUCCCUCUCACAUCUCAGUUUUCUCCCUCCAGCUCCAUUAUCCAUUCGGGGGCACAUUCCCCCUCUUCCUCAUUCACCACGCGUCCCUCACAGCCCCUCACAGCUCCUCACAGUCCCUCACAGCUCCUCACAGACCCUCACAGCUCCUCACAGUCCCACACAGCCUCUCACAGCGCCUCACAGUCCCUCACAGCACCUCACAGCCCCUCACAGCUCCUCACAGUCCCUCACAGCUCCUCACAGUCCCUCACAGCCUCUCACAGCGCCUCACAGUCCCUCACAGCACCUCACAGUCCCUCACAGCACCUCACAGCCCCUCACAGCUCCUCACAGUCCCUCACAGCUCCUCACAGACCCUCACAGCUCUUCACAGACCCUCACAGUCCCUCACAGUCCCUCACAGCCUCUCACAGCCUCUCACAGCUCCUCACAGCCCCUCACAGCUCCUCACAGCCCCUCACAGCUCCUCACAGCCCCUCACAGCUCCUCACAGCCCCUCACAGCUCCUCACAGCCCCUCACAGCUCCCAGUAACUUACAGGCCUCAGCCUCACUCCUCAACCCCUACUGCUUCAUUACUGAAAUUAGGAGCCUGUUAUCUCUCCAUACACUGAACUCAAGCCAGCUCCCUCCAAACACACCUAGCAAACUCUCUCUAAUACACCCCCAAACCCUUCAUCUAUUUGAGCUUAUGCCCUCAUAUCAUCAUCAGCAGAUCCGUCAACACACCCACCACCAUGAAUAUUACAGAGACAAUAUGAUGUCCGACCGCCCCUCCGGGCACGUCCAUCCAUCUAUGUGAUUGGGUUAAUGACAUGUGCUACUGUAUAUGUGACUCAUCACCAGUAAAUGAGCUUUGAUUGAUGAGGAGGUGGUGGGUGGACAAGGUCAUUAUUAUUGAUAAGUCUGUGUUAACCCUUUGGGAGUUUUUCCUGGCCACUGUGAUUCUAAUUCUACUUGCACUUUCGGGUCUAGGCCAGGUUACUGCAAAGCAUUCUGUGGCUGCUAAUGUACAAAGGGCUUUAUGAAUACAUUUGAUUGAUUAAACCUUUGUUGUUGUUCUGUCCCUGCAGGUUCUAGAGCGUCUGUUCCAGAAGGGUUUCAGCAUGGCAGCGUCCUGCGGCGGCGGGGUGGACUCCUCCCAGUUCAGCGAGUAUGUGCUGUGUCGUGAGGACCGGCGGAGUAUGUCCAUGAACACCCCCAUCAGGAUAAAACAGGAGCCCCUAGACUAG